AUGCAGAAGCUGCUCCGCAGAAGCUCAUCUGGCCCCCCAAUUCUAUCCGUUAAUUCUUCCCUCUCUCUACCCUGCUGUAUCACUCAAGGGUUUUACAAAACCCGAAACAGUGUUAAAAUGCCUUCAUCCGCCGCUUCCCUCCACCACCCCCUCUACCACCGUCCUGAAAACCCCAUAUCCAUCGUAGCGGCCAAGAACCUCAAGUUUAUGAAACUGGCAAACAAUCAUCGUAUGUGCAGGUGUGUUGAUGAAAAUGAUAGUUGUAUUAAAGGGGAGAGUAAUGCAGUUCCAUCGAGGGCUUGGGUUUUGUCGAAGGAGAGUAGGUAUAGUAAUAAGAGUGGGUCGCGUGCUCUAUGGUUUAGGACGCUGGCCGGGAACUCGGAGAAGGGCGGUGAGUUUGCGGUCACAGAGGCAAAGGGAGUGGACAAUUUGGAGAACGGAAAAGGCGUGGAGGAGAGGCAAGUUAGAGUGCUGAGAAGGCAGAGGAUUAGUGGUGGAGUUGGAGACGGGCUGGUAGUUGGGGCCCCGGACUUGCUGACAAUACCUGGAGUGGGACCGAGGAAUUUAAGGAAGCUGGUAGAGAAGGGUUUUGAUGGUGUUGAUCAGCUUAAACAGCUCUAUAAAGAUAAGUUUUUUGGGAAAUCCAGUCAGAAAAUGGUUGAAUUUCUACAAAGUUCGGUUGGAAUCAUACAUAGAAACCAUGCAGAAAGCAUAACUACGUUCAUCAAAGAGACCGUGGAUAAAGAGCUGAAGGAGAAUUCAGAUUCUGAUAUUAAGCCUUCCCAUAAGAAGAGACUCACAUUCUGUGUUGAAGGAAAUAUCAGUGUUGGGAAGACCACGUUCUUGCAGAGAAUAGCCAAUGAAACACUGGAGCUUAGAGAUCUUGUGGAGAUUGUUCCUGAACCCGUUGACAAGUGGCAGAAUGUGGGUCCAGACCACUUUAACAUAUUAGAUGCAUUUUAUGCUGAGCCAGAGAGAUAUGCCUAUACCUUCCAAAACUAUGUGUUUGUUACAAGAGUUAUGCAGGAGAGGGAGUCAUCUGGUGGUAUUAAGCCACUCAGACUUAUGGAAAGGAGUGUUUUCAGUGAUAGGAUGGUCUUUGUGAGAGCUGUUCAUGAGGCAAAAUGGAUGAAUGAGAUGGAGAUCAGCAUUUAUGACUCAUGGUUUGAUCCGGUUGUUUCAAGUUUGCCUGGUCUUAUUCCUGACGGUUUUAUCUACCUAAGAGCAAGCCCUGAUACUUGCCACAAGCGUAUGAUGCUGCGUCAGAGAGCAGAGGAAGGUGGAGUCUCUCUAGAAUAUCUGCAGGAUUUGCAUGAGAAGCAUGAAAGUUGGCUUUUCCCGUUCCAAAGUGGAAAUCAUGGGGUUUUAUCUGUCAGCAAGCUACCACAGGAUGCUGACUGGUCUUUGCAUCCACAUAUAAGGGACCGUGUUUAUUAUUUGGAUGGCGAUCAUAUGCACUCAAGCAUCCAAAAGGUUCCUGCCUUGGUUCUCGACUGUGAGCCAGACAUUGAUUUUAGCAGAGAUAUGGAAGCUAAGCAGCAAUAUGCUCGCCAAGUUGCAGAGUUCUUUGAAUUUGUGAAGAAAAAGAAAGAAGUCACUUCGUCAAAAGCUGGAGAGAACCCAGCAAUCAGCAAUCAACCACAGGUAUUUAUGCCUCAUCGAGGAUUAUUGAUGCCGGGUACUCAGCAUUUCCCAGAAUCACCUCUCAAAUCUUUGGAUUUUCGACGAGCCAUGUCAUAUUUCUCUCAGUAG